GCUGCUGGAGCAGCAGCAAAGAGAGACGCAGCAGCAAAUUGAAAUGCUGCUUGCUGCUGAAGCAGCAGCAAAAGCCCACAUAAAGACAGCUGCAGCUGAGGCGGCAGAAGCAGAAGCGGAAGCGCUGCAGCAGCAGCUGCAGUUCGAGCAGCAGCAGCAGGAAAGUGAAGGAGAGGCGCAACAGCUACGGGAUCGGCUUGAGGCUCUUUUGGGGGAGAGCGAAAAGCUGCAGCAGCAACAGCAAGAUGAUCUGCUGCAGCAGCUUUCGCGGCGUCAGAAGGAACUGCAGCAGCAGCAGCACGAGGCGCAGCAGCAGCGGCUGUCGCUAUGCGGGGAGCAGCAGCAGCUGGAGCUGCUGCUGCCGGUGCUGCAGCAGGAGAAGCAGCUGUCUGUACAGUCCAGGGACUUCAAAACAGCAGCAGCACUUGCCGAAAAGAUACAAGGUUUGCUGGAUUUGGAGUCUGAGCAUUUGCAAAUGUCUCUUUUUGUAAAAGACACAAAAAGAAAACUUUCCAAAACAAAGGCUGCUUCGCUGCUGCUGCUGCUGCAGCAGCUGCAGCAGCUUGCAGCUGCCUGCCCCUCCGACAGAGACCAA